UCUUAUCAUUGAGAGCCCUUGUCCCUUGCCAAGAUCUGAUUGCAUUUCCCUACUUUACAGGGUAGAUAGUGGAAGCGUAAUCUUCAAGUUCUUAUCUUUUUGUUCCUUUUUGUUGAGGGGACAUAGGCCCAGAAGAACUAACAAGAUAUUUGAGAUCUGUCUCUUUGGUUUCAGUUCAGGGUCCAAUUGAGGAAUGCCAAGAUAAAAUGGGGAGGAAGGGAAAUUGGUUUUCUAGUGUGAAGAAAGCUCUCAGCCCUGAGUCAAAGGACAAGAAAGACCAGAAAUCAAGUGGAUCAAAGAAGAAAUGGUUUGGGAAGCAAAAAUUGCAGACUUCAGACUCACACUUGGAAACUGAUAAAACACCUCCUCUUCCUCCACCUGAGGAGAUUAUUGUAACUCAUGUUGAGAAUGAAAACAGUCAUGAUCAUGUUGAAGUUGCAACUGCAGUGGAUGUUGAGGAACCUGUUCCUGCUGUUCAGACAGAAGCUGCUGCUGAGGUUCAAGCCACUACAAUUGUUCAGUUUGCCAGUAAACCAAACGAUCAAGUGGCAGCAACCAAGAUUCAAACAGCUUUUCGGGGAUACUUGGCAAGAAGAGCAUUGAAGGCUUUAAGGGGGUUGGUCAGGUUGAAGUCGUUGAUGGAAGGACCAGUGGUAAAACGUCAAGCCAUUAGUACCCUACGCUCUAUGCAGACUUUAGCUCAUGUGCAAUCUCAGAUUCGUUCUAGGAGGCUCAGGAUGUUAGAGGAUAAUCAAGCUCUUCAAAAACAGCUCUUGCAGAAGCACACAAAAGAGCUAGAGAGCAUGCGGAUUGGGGAGGAAUGGGAUGACAGCCUACAAUCAAAAGAACAAAUUGAAGCCAAGUUACUAAGCAAGUAUGAGGCUACUGUGAGAAGAGAAAGAGCAAUGGCUUAUUCAUUCUCUCACCAGCAAAACUCGAAGAAUCCAUCGAGAUCGAUGAAUCCAAUGUUCAUGGAUCCAACCAAUCCUGCCUGGGGUUGGAGCUGGUUGGAACGAUGGAUGGCAGCCCGGCCAUGGGAGAGCCCUAACAUGAUGGAGAAAGAGAAGAAUGACCAUUCAUCUGUAAAAAGUUCAGGCCGCGGCAUUACCAGUGCUGAAAUCAGCAAAUCAUUUGCUCGUUUUCAACUCAAUUCUGAAAAGCAUUCUCCAACAGCCAGCCAAAAUCCAGGCUCACCUAACUUUCAGUCUCAUUCAAAUCCUCCCAAGCCAGCAGCUUCAGCUUCUGCAACAGUUUCUAAGAAAUUGAAGAAGGGUAGCCCAAAGGACAGCUUGGUUAUGGAUGAUGACACCAAAAGCAUGGUAAGCGUGCAAUCAGACCGGCUGCGGAGGCACUCCAUUGCUGGAUCAACUGUGGGAGAUGAUGAAAGCCUAGCAAACUCUCCAGCACUUCCAAGUUAUAUGGUGCCAACUAAAUCUGCAAAAGCUAAGUCCAAGAUGCAAAGUCCAUUAGCCUCAGAGAAUAAGACCCCAGAAAAGGGGUCCUUUGGGAGUGCAAAGAAAAGGCUCUCUUUCCCAGCUUCCCCUGCCAGACCAAGACGGCAUUCAGGUCCACCAAAGGUAGAAAGCAGCUUAAAUGCUGAAAUCACUGUGGGCAAUGGUGUGGUUGGUUGAAAUAUCAUGAAAGAAAUAAGACAAAAAGUUCAUUUGAAGUGUCCAUUUAUUUAUUUGUUUAUCCGAAUGUGUAUCUUGUCAUUUCUUGGAGGCUAUUGAUUUGGGUGUAAAAACUGCUUUUUACUUACUACAUUUAUCUAUUUGUAUUUUCAUGUAUUUAAUCACAAUUUGCCUAGAGGGGAUGAAAGGUGGUUCAUGAUAGUAUUAUAAUAAAAGAACAAGUCAGCUGUCAGAAUCCUUUCGGAGC